AUGUACCAAGAUUACGAUCCAACCGACACGGCUUGCCGAGAAGGCGGCAGACGGAAGCCCGAACUGACUAUCGACACGUCGCCGUCCCCCCCGAGAAUCAAAAGACAGCGAGACCCCCCACAGACACCGCCUGCCCGCGAAACACCCACACCUUCCCAAGACGAGAGCGCCUCAUCUGCUGGGGGCCGGGCGCUUAGGUUGCCCAAAGGCACGGGUAGAGACACGGCCGACAUUGAGACCUUUCUUGAGAGUCUCACGCCCGUCGACAUCCCCUACGAGAUGACACUGCCGAACCAGGACCAGCAACAUCACCAGCCCGAACUGCCAUCAUCGUCUCGCUCCAAGAAGCAGCCCGACCCCCGCGACUCCCACGACCUCUCGCUGCCGGCCCGCCAGGUAACACGGGACUCGCUCGUGGCCAACAUGCUCCUGUCGCUCGACCAAAUGUCCAUGGGCCAGAUUGGAGGAGGUGUUGGUGGUACCACGUCAUUUGGCGGGUCGAGGCCAGGGUACGACGAUCCCCUCUUUUCCUCGUUUGGAGACGACAACAGCCGAACAAUGACCUUCAACUCGAGGACCGGCCGCACCGGCCACGGCUACUCGUACAGCUCCGACCUCGAAGGGGCAGACGACGCCAGCAGGAUGUCAUCGCGCGGCCGCCGCAGCAACAGCAGCUCAGGCUUCCAGUCCAACCUCGGCCGGAUCAACAGCAUGCGCGAGACGGGGACACCGGGGGCAAUCCAUUCUAGAGGCGGCAAGGGGAGCAAGAGCAGCAGCACAAACAGCAUCGAUCAGGGUUACGCACAGGUUCUGGGCAGCCAGCGAUGGGCCAGGGGGUUUGGGAGAUCAUCGAGCUUUGAUGGGGCGGCAGAAGCAGCAGUACCACGGCCAGCACCAGGCCCCUGGCACAUUGAGUUUUCCAACACUUUUUUCAACAAGAACAACGAUGAGUACGACGCCGCGCCGAUGCCAACGGUCCCAGCCGGCCCGCGUAGACUAACCACAGUGCCGUCGCUGCCCGUCAUGUCGCCGCCCGAACCCAAGACUACCGAGCCGAAGGCCCAAUCCAGAGGGUCGAGUGUCGAACGUCGACGAAGCAUCCGCUCGUCCAAGAGCGCCACCAUCACCAGAAAGCCAGACCCAAUGUACACCACGGUGCGCGAUGCACCGCCUGUCCCUGUUUUGGACAUCGACUCAGCUCCUGCUCCACACAUUGGUUACGAAAAAUCAAAAGAGGCGGGUCUUGUCCCGCCACAGGCCACCAUGCAGCCAAAAGAAAAGCAAGGCUUCUUCAGGAGGAUGUUUGGGUCUACCAAGACAGCAUUGACACCGAGCAUCUCUACGCCACCAGUAACACCGGCCGCCUCCUCGCUCGGACUGCAGCCGAAAUCAUCCGCACCACCGUCACGCGAAUCACAUCAUUCCACCACGCAUACGCUACAGAAAAAGACGUCGUCGUUCUUUCGGCGACGGAAACAGUCCAUCACAGAUGCGGAGCCACCACCGGUCCCCAUCGUGCCAGUGGCACCGGUGGUGCACAAUGUCCCGGCGGUCAAGCUCCCUAUGGAUCAGCUACAGGUGUUCCCAGGGAUAGGAAAGACAGAGCCCAGCCCGAUCACCAGCUUACGGCGGGCCAUGGACCCGUUCCUUGCUGGCAGCCCUAUGUCGACCGCUGCCCAGACCCCUGUGGACGAGCCAAUGCCUUCCAUCGAGGCCCCGGAAUCUCCUGUUCAGGCCAAGAAUCCCGCGCCACCGGAAGAGGAGAACCGCGGUAGGAACCGCGGCUUUUCACCGGACUAUGACCCGAGUCCAAAAGCUGUUAUACGCAAAGUCGACCCCGAACCCAGUGAUCCCAACAACACUGCCACCACACCAAACCGGCCCCCUGCUACGCCUCUGGCCUCGCCGCCCAAGUCUUUUCUACGCGAAGACAGUGAUGACGAGGACAGCCCGGUACGGCAUCGCAAGGCUCCUCAGUCUGAAACCAGGAACCUCGAGCCUGGGGCGGAAGAUGACAGGAACCGGUCACCGUCACCAACGGUAUCCAAGUCCAAGAGCGUUCCAAACCUUAACAUGGCCAGGAAAGACUUGAGACUUUCGAUCCGACACAAUACCGACAACCCGCCCACUAAUCGUGACAGUUCCAACACGCUCGGCCUGCCACUUGAAAAGCCAAGUGUGCCCAGCUUCAAGAUCGAAAGCGCCGAGCCGAGUCCCAAGGGUGAAUCCAUUCCUCACUCAGCCAAGUCCAUUGAUGAACCAAACGAGUUUGUGGUGGGAGAUCCGACGGAAGAUGACCGUCAAAAGGCACAGAAGAUUUAUGACGGCAGUGAGGAGUUCAUCCAAAAGGACCGGGCGGCGGCUUACAUGGGUGAAGAAGGCCCUGUUCGCCAGAGAGUGCUACGUGCUUACAUGGAUCUCUUCGACUUUGAGAACCAGAGCAUUGUGAGCGGCUUGCGCUUGGUGUGCAACCGCCUGCUGCUGAGGGCUGAAACACAGCAAGUGGACAGGAUCUUGGUAGCCUUUACCAAGAGGUGGUGCGACUGCAACCCAAAUCAUGGUUUCAAAAUACCAGAUGUUAUUCACACUAUUUGCUACUCAAUCAUUCUUCUCAACACGGAUCUUCAUAUUGCCGAUAUUGAGCACAGAAUGAGCAAGCCCCAGUUCGUCAAGAACACCAUGACCACCAUCAGACAGGCCCUUCAAGAGUCGGCGCCUGAGGCGUUCAACAAGCGUGCGAGCAUCCUCCCGGGCAAGGGGCCCCAGUGGGAGGCGGAAGGUCGCACGUCGGAGGACCAAAACCCGAGAUAUAGUAGCUUCCGGGCCUCGUUCAAGCCACCACCACGUCCCGGUUCGGCGCUUGGGACGUUUGCGGAUUCGGCUGACGGAUGUGGCCCUCUUGUCAAGGCGCCAUUUGACGGGCCGCUGAAGACAUGGGAGCAACAAGUGGAAAUUGUCUUGAAGGAGACAUAUUCUUCGAUCCGCGAUGACCGUUUGCCGUUGUUCGGCGCCGAUGCCUCGAGCCCCAUCGUCCAGACCCCAAACAGCUUGUCCGUCAUGAGCAUGCUCAAGCGGUCACCCAGUGUGCUUAGCAAAGCGCCAUCAGAGGGUGUUGCUUCCACCCGGGGCCGCAUUCAGGACACAAUGAAGCCCAACUCGAGGUGGAACUCCAAGAGCAGAUCAAGACCACGAGGCUUUGGCAACGGCUUCUCGUCUAGUAGGACUAGCUUUGACGAUGGAACGUCUGUCUGGAGCCCUACCGAUUCCUCAGCGACCUGGAGUAAGGUGUCGCUGGGUAGGACCCACACCUCCAUGUCGAUGGACUCGUUCGGCUCGGCGUAUCCCCGUGGCGACUACCAGCAGUCGAUUGGAUUUGCCAGCGCUCUGAGCCAGGCGAUUAUCCGGGAGGACAAUGCCGACGACGACGGGGAGGUUCAUCCUGAUGAGUUGUUGGAUGAUGAGUCUCUUGAGCUUGCCGGUCCUCCAUGGAUCAAGGAAGGAAUUGUGAGCCACAAACACUUCAAGGAUGGGAACAAUAAGAAGCCCAAGAACCACAAUUGGACCGAAGUGUUUGCGGUCAUCCAAAAGGGGCAGCUGAGCCUCUUCUCCUUUUCGCCGAACAAGUCGAUGAGACAGAAGAACAGACGGGGUCCUGGCGGGACUCUUCCCAAGGGUGCCGUGGUGGGUGGGGGCAACUGGCAAGACCAUGCUACCAACCUGGGUACUUUCUCGCUCAGGCAUACUCUCGCCACUGCUUUCCCUCCUGGGGGGUACAGCAAUUCCCGCAGGCACGUCUGGAUCCUGAACCUGCCCACCGGCGCCGUUCACUUCUUCCACGUCGGCACACCCGAGAUCAGCGCCGAGUUCGUCAGCACGGCCAACUACUGGAGCGCCCGACUCAGCACAGUACCACUGAUUGGUGGUAUCUCCAACAUCGAGUACGGCUGGAGCGACGCGGUUAUCGACAACGCGCUCGUAGCCGCCAUUAACGAAAGCACAACCAACCUCCCCAACCGCCCCCCAACAUCCGGCAGCAGCGCCCGAGGCCACACCCGCUCCGGCAGCGCGGCCGCUGCCAACACCGGCACAGGGAUAGUACCCACCCUCACCCGCUCCUCCAUGCAAUCCGGCCGCUCCAUCCGCUCUUCGUCCUUUGACUUUGGCGGCUCUCUCAACCGCCCUGGCUCGGGCUCCUCAGGCGUCCUCGGCAACCACGCCGGCCUGGUCGGCUCCCUUCCUAUGCGUCACUCGGCUAAGCUGCCCGGUGAUCGCAUCCACAUUGCCGACUGGACACCGCCGCAGCAGUCCACCCGCCCCAGCAACCUGUCCGAGAAGGACCAGCUGGGGUAUCUGCAGGGGUACAUCAAGAGUAUCGAGGCGGAACUGCAGAGCCACAACGCGCUUAGGAGCCCGAUGCUGCUUGCGUUCACGCCGAGGAGCACGAACGCGGUGAGGGCCAUGGCGAAUUGGGAGAGGAAGAGCGAGUAUUUGCUGCAUGAGAUUGUCAAGUUUAGGACGUAUGCCGAGAAUUUGGAGAUGGCGACGGUGAGGAGGGGGGAGAUUUACAAGGAGAGGGAUAUUGCGAAGCGGGCGGCGAGGGGGGAGGAGGUUGAUUUGGACGGGGAUGGGGAGGAGGAGAAGAAGAAGGAGGAGGGGGUUGAGGUGGCUGUGUGA